AUGGCAACCAAAGCCGCCUAUAAACGACUUGUCCGAGAGUACGAAGCAAUUCAGCGUUCCCCACCUCCAUUCAUACAAGCACAUCCAAGCGAAAGCAACAUAUUAGAAUGGCAUUAUAUUCUGACGGGGGCUCCAAACACACCAUAUGAAGGAGGACAAUACCAUGGCACUUUAAUUUUCCCACCCGACUAUCCAUUCGCGCCGCCUGCGAUUCGAAUGCACACUCCCUCAGGCCGGUUCCAACCUUCCACGAGACUUUGUUUGAGCAUUUCCGACUAUCACCCCCAACUGUUUAAUCCUGCAUGGUCUGUGUCGACGAUCCUGAUAGGGCUCAUGUCAUUCAUGAACAGCGAGGAAAUGACCGCAGGUAGUGUUGGCGGGUCAUCUACGGAGCGAAAGUGGCACGCAGCAAGAUCAAGAUGGUGGAACUCUACCGGUGGCGGAUCGGCCUCGAAACCUGUCCCUGGUGUCCAGCUGACCACGAAGGGGAUCGGAAACAUUAAAGUAGGAGACGGCGGAGCGAAGUUCCGGGCGGAAUUCCCUGACGAGGACAAAGAAAACUGGAUCUGGAUGAAAGAGCACCGAAUCGAUCCCGCCACAGGUGGGAUGCUUCCUGACGAAGAGGGUGAAGAGGUCAAUUGCUCACCGGAGACGAGAGCCUUGCGACGCAUCUUGGGAGGGAGCACCGGUGUCGGAGUCGUGGUUCAAGGCGGCCAGGCUGCGAGGGAUGCGGGCCAGGGUUGGAUCUGGCGAAACAAGAUGAAGAUCAUAGCGGGUUGCAUUGUCGUGUAUUUCAUGCUAGCGAGGAUUUUUGGCGAGGAAGAGGGUGCUGUAUGA